AUGGGAAAAUCAUUGAAAGAUAUCGACGACUCUGAUGACCGUCACGACACCGCGUUCGACCGCCAAGUGAGCAAUGAAGAAGCACCAGAUACUGUCGAUUACCAUCAGCGAACAGUAGGACUGUGGUCUGCGGUAUUCCUGAUUUUCAACCGAAUCAUUGGCACUGGUAUCUUCGCCACGCCAAGUACUAUCCUUGCCCUGAGCGGAAGUGGCGGGCUUACAUUGUUUAUGUGGGUUAUUGGGGCUAUUAUUGCGUUCACGGGAACAUAUGUAUACAUCUCAUGGGGUCUGGCCAUACCUAAAAAUGCCGGAGAGAAAAACUACUUGGAGUACCUAUUCCAACGUCCCAAAUAUUUCAUUACGUCAGUGUACAGUUCAUAUGCUAUACUUAUGGCUUGGGCUGCUGGGAACUCCCUCGUCUUCGGAGAAUACAUUUUGCGAGCCGCCAAUGUCGCUCCCGGGAGGUGGACCCUUCGCCUCGUAGGAUUCGCGUGCAUAACCUUCGCUUUCCUUGUGCACGGCACAACACUCAAGUGGGGCCUUCGGCUUCAGAAUGUUCUUGGCAGCUUGAAGAUUUUCAUCUUGGUCUUCAUCAUCGUUUCGGGCUGGGUGGCGCUAGGAGGGCAUCUGAAGGUUGAGAAACCACACAAUUUCAACUUCUCUGGUACAACUUCAAGUGCCUCCUCUUUCUGUUUGAGUCUCUACAAUGUUAUCUGGUCGUAUAUUGGGUUCAGCAACGUCAAUUAUGCUCUCAGCGAGUUGAAGAAUCCUCGACGAAAUCUUAGGAUAGCAGGGCCGCUUGCAGUUGGCAUUGUCACUGUGCUCUACAUGUUAGCAAACAUCGCUUACCUCGCUAGUGCUUCCAAAGAGGAGAUCACUGGCUCGGGUCGCCUUGUCGCAGCCCUGCUAUUUAGAAACGUUUAUGGCCCUCGUGCUGAACGAGCUCUCAAUGUUUUCGUCGCUCUCUCAGCUUUGGGCAACGUUCUCUCUGUGAUAUUCUCCCAAGGACGAGUCAACCAAGCAAUUGGUAAUGAAGGGGUCCUUCCUUUCAGCAAGCUAUGGGGGUCGAAUAGGCCCUUUAAUGCACCUUUAGCUGGGUUGUUCCUCCAUUGGGCUAUCUGCCUCAUUGUUAUCUUUGCCCUCCCUCCAGGUGACGCUUACAACUUCGUUAUCAACGUCAUUUCGUAUCCUUUGUCCGUAAUCAACGCCGUCAUAUCCAUUGGCUUGUUGUACCUCUCUCUCCGCCCACGAGACGAUUGGCCCAAGGUCGAUUCGUGGACAUUGGUUGCAGCUGCAUUCUUUGGCGCUGCAAAUAUAUUCUUGGUCAUCGUGCCAUUCAUACCGCCUCCCCCAGGCGCAGAACCAUACAUCGAGCUACCUUACUGGACGCAUGCCGUAGCAGGAUGGGCCGUCUUCGCCGUGGGCGGCCUAUACUGGGUACUAUGGAGUGUCAUUCUGCCGAAGAUAGGGCGCUAUACUCUCGAGCGAGAGGCCUCGGUUGGGAAGGAUGGAUUGCUGCGACACACAUUUGUACGGAAACCUCUCAAGCAACUAUAG